GUGGAAGUUGCGUUUUUUUACAGUUAGAAAAUGGCGGAAGGGGAACUGAAUGUGGAUAGCCUGAUUUCCCGGCUACUUGAAGUGCGGGGAUGCCGGCCCGGGAAGAUCGUCCAGAUGACGGAGGCAGAGGUGCGAGGGCUCUGCAUCAAAUCCAGAGAGAUCUUUCUGAGCCAGCCCAUCCUACUAGAGCUGGAGGCGCCACUCAAGAUCUGCGGCGAUAUCCACGGCCAGUACACAGACCUGCUGCGGCUCUUUGAGUACGGCGGCUUCCCUCCCGAGGCAAACUACCUGUUCCUGGGAGACUAUGUGGACCGAGGCAAGCAGUCCCUGGAGACCAUCUGUCUGCUGCUGGCCUACAAGAUCAAAUACCCAGAAAACUUCUUCCUGCUGCGAGGGAACCACGAGUGCGCUUCCAUCAACCGCAUCUACGGCUUCUACGACGAGUGCAAGCGCAGGUUCAACAUCAAGCUCUGGAAGACAUUCACAGACUGUUUCAACUGCCUGCCGAUUGCAGCCAUCAUCGAUGAGAAGAUCUUCUGCUGUCACGGAGGCCUGUCCCCUGACCUGCAGUCGAUGGAGCAGAUCCGACGCAUCAUGAGACCUACUGACGUACCUGACACAGGGCUGCUGUGUGACUUGCUGUGGUCGGACCCAGACAAGGAUGUGCAGGGCUGGGGGGAGAAUGACCGCGGUGUCUCCUUCACCUUUGGGGCCGACGUGGUCAGCAAGUUCCUGAACCGCCACGACCUGGACCUCAUCUGCAGAGCGCAUCAGGUGGUGGAGGACGGAUACGAGUUCUUUGCAAAGCGUCAGCUGGUGACGCUCUUCUCAGCACCCAACUACUGCGGAGAGUUCGACAAUGCAGGGGGAAUGAUGAGCGUUGACGAGUCACUCAUGUGCUCCUUCCAGAUCCUGAAGCCAUCUGAGAAGAAGGCCAAGUACCAGUACGGGGGUGUGAACUCAGGGCGCCCUGUCACCCCCCCUCGCACUGCCAAUGCGCCCAAGAAAAGGUGAGCGCUGGAGCCGCCAGGAGGCGCCUCUGCCCGCUGAGCUGCAGCCUCAAAGAAGAACCCAUUCUUCUUUAAUAAAUAACAUGUUUUUUUUAAUCCGUGUGUGCACAUUGCCUGGGGAACCAAUCCAAACCAUCAAACUCUUUCACCCCUCGGAUUUCAGCUCCAGACUCCAUCCCCCUACCCAGAAAGGAAGCAGCCCCUGCUCUUCUCCUUUUUCCUCCUUCCCUCCGUUUGUUUCUAAUUCGGUACAAUUAAACGUUUUACAAUGAUUCUGCAAGUAGGAAAGUGGCCUGCUGCCACAGGUGGGUUAGCUUGUGUGUGUGUGUGCCCCCCAGUGCAGACCUUCCCAGAGGUUAGACAUCAUCAGUGCAGUUGUGGAAGUUUGCAGGCUCUGCUAGCUAUACUGUGAAGAGAUGUCCAUCUUGAGCCUGUGUAGGUCACACUUAACAACGGUAUGGUUUAUUUAAAAAUGUGUUUUAUUAUUAUUUAUUAUUAUUAUUAUUAUUAUUAUUAUUAUUAUUAUUAUUUAAUUGUGUUUUAAUGUUUCAGAAUUGAAGUCUUGAUUUUUUGGAGGUUAAAGAAAGCUGAGUAAUACUGGGGAUGGGGUUGCUUUUACUACUUUCACUGUUGAAUUUCACCCAUUUAGUAAUUGGCUCUUUGAUUUGAGUGGUUUGUUUUUAAUUAUCCAUGAGUUGGGUUUUUCCUGGAUCUCGCCGUGACAGGGCUCCAAGACCACAGGCUUCCUACAGGAGAGAAGUGCUUUCCAGCAGAAAUAACAAAUUGCCAGAUUGUUACUGCUUGAAUGGGAGAGCCGAGUGAUUUGUGCCAUUGCAAGUGACAGCAUGUGGAGGGAUGUUAAUGUUGGCCUAAAACAAAUGUUUGCCUGUUAUGUCUUUUAGAAGAAAAUAAAACUGCAAUAGUGUUUUCUGUCAGUGGUGUCUGAAACAGAUACAACAUGAAAAGGUCAAAGAAGUGUUUAAGAAUAUAAAGUUUACAAACUAGAACAGGCCAUUCGGUCCAUUGGUGCUUGUCCACUUCCACAUGUAUCAUGUUGGGUCUUGUAGAAUCCCAUUGUUUCUGCAUCAACACCAUGGCCUAUGUAAUCUAUUCCAACCUUAUUAAUUCACUAAUGGGCAUUCAAAACUGCUCCAGUGGUCUCCUUUGCUAAAGACACAAGGUGACAAACUGGCAUGGCUAAGUUUGCUUUAGGUAAAUUAACUGGGUGAGUAGUUCAGAAAAAAAGCGCCUACUUGGAGCCCUGCUUCUGAGAACCAUACUUCUCUUUUCUGAAUAUACACUGCCACCUCGUGGUGACUCUUGGAAUUUAAAUAAAAUAUUAUUUAGACACUGCA